AUGCCUAUUCCUGCUUCAUGCUACCCACCCCUCCUCCCCCUCCCUUUCCCUAUGGCAUGGACAGGCGAGCUGUGGUCAGCUGGUGAUCGUGGAAUCAUCAAGGCAUGGACCCGCCUCUCCCUCACCACCGAGGUUCAUCGAGCCAUGCACCAACUAGAGGAGGGCGUAGAGGAGGGGAGGGAUGGGGGGAGGUAUAGGCCAAUAGCAUCUGAUCUGCAGCAGCAGCAGCAGCAGCAGAAUGCUGACGUGACAGGUGCGGCUGUGGCGGUCCGCAUCAGCCCUGCCUGCGUGGAGCUUCGGCAGCACCGAGGCUCGUCAGGCUCGGCAGUGGGCGAGCAGGCUCGGAACGACGUGGCGGAAUCCAGCAAUCCGAGAGGAUACAGUGGAAGUAGUACCAGCUAUGACAAUCGCACUGCUGCUGAUCCUGCUACUGGCAAUGCUGCUGCCGGUGCCGCUGCUGGUGCUGCUGGUGGUGCUGGUGCUGGUGCUGGUGCUGGUGCUGGUGCUGGUGCUGGUGCUGCUGGUGCUGCUGGUGGUGCUGGUGGUGCUGGUGGUGGUGCUGGCAAUAACGCUGGUACACCACCCAGGGCACUAUCACCUGUAUCUGAGAGCAUGCAAGCUUUACCACCGCUGUCUGUUGUUUCAACCGCACGAGGAGCUGUGAGGGUGAUGGUGGCAGAUGCGGCUACUGGUUGGGUGUGGACGGCUGGGCCUGCCUCUGCUUGCAUCUGGGAUGCAAGAAAAAAGGAGCUCAUUCGAGCUCUCUCCUCCCUCUCAGACCCGAGCGCAUCAGAAGAACCUCCCAGGAGCUUUCCUCCCCGCGCUAAGGGGGCAGUGACUGAUGCUGUAAGAGCUGCAGCAGCAGCAGCAGGGAGAGGAGAGGAGUACUUAAGUGGCAGUGGUGGUAUUGACGAUCUGGAUACAAGUGGUGGCGGUGGUAGCACCACCACCGUUUCCUCUCCAUCCCCAGCACCAGCAGUAAGAGUCUCAGGGGGCUCGUUGAGAAAGCUCCAAGCGGCAACUGCUGUGGGUGAUGGUUCCGUCUGGUUUGGGUUCAGGUCCGGCGCGCUGGUUCGGAUCGACAGGUUCGGGGCGAGAAUGCAGGAGGUGGGGUUGGAUGCGGGAGUGUGCUGUCUCUGUGUUGUGGGUAUUAGCAGCAGUAGUAGCGGCAGUGGUGCCGCCGCUGACAGUAGCAGCUACAGUACCUCCACAACAACGGUGGGCCAGUUUGUCUUAUCCGUCGCAAAAAAUGGCGAAGUUUCAGCUUGGCCCUCCACCCUCCCCUCGCCGCCCCUGGAAUCCGCACUACACGCCGCCCUCGCCGCCCACUCCCAGGCAUUCACUAAAAGACGAAAGCUGCAAGUGGCAACUGGAACAUGGAACGUGGGGGAGGAGAAACCCGACGGGGAGACUGUCCAGGCUUGGCUGGGGGAGGUGGCUAGAGGGGCGGAUGUGGUUGCAGUGGGGCUGCAAGAGGUUGAGAUGGGUGCAAGGGCCAUUGCCCUUGCUGCAGCGAAGGAAUCGGUCGGGAUGGGUUUGCAGGAGAAAGAGAGCGGUGCUGCGCAGGAGUGGACUGCGGUUAUUCGGAAGGCCCUUGGUGCUGCUGGUUCUGCUGCUGGGGGUGGUUCUUCUGCUGGUUCUGCUGGUGCUUCUGCUGGUGGUUCUUCUGGUCUUACUGUUUCCUCUGACCCUUCCUCUCUCUCUGCCUCCUCCUCUUCCUCCUCUGCUGCUGCUGCCUGUGCGGAUGAUGGUUUUGUGCGAAUCGCGUCGCGACAGUUGGCCGGCAUGCUGCUGACUGUGUGGGUGCGAGAGUCUCUCCUUCCGGAUAUAUCUGACGUUGAGACGGGAGCCGUGGCGUGCGGUUUCGGCCGAGCGCUUGGCAACAAGGGAGGGGUGGGCGUGCGCAUGACAAUAUGCGGGCGCGUCUGCGCAAUCAUCAACUGCCACCUGGCAGCACACGACAACGCGACAGCUAAGCGCAAUGAGGACUGGCAUCGCAUUUACACGAGCAUGGAGUUUGGACGAUCUAUGGGUACCGUGGGCACUGCUGCCACCAAUGCAGCUAAAGCCGCUGGAGCUGGCUUCCAAUCGGCUGUUCAAGGUUUUGUGAAGGCUGCAGGGAGGGGCGUGGGGGGGGCGGCAGGGGCGGCAGGCUUUGUCCCCAUCUCCAGCACUCAAGGCACCGACGUGUCGGGCUCUGAUUGGCCGAACGCUGCAGCUGGUAUCAACAGCAGCUCCAGCAUUGGAAGCGUUGAUUCGUAUGCUGAGCCCUCCUCCCCUCGCCCUGACCUAACUCAGAGCGACCUGCUCAUUUGGAUGGGCGACUUGAACUACCGCCUCGACGGGUGUUCAUACGACGAGGCAUGCAGCGCCAUUGCAAGGAGGCAGUACCCGCUGCUGCUGGAGUGUGAUCAGCUGAGGGCGGAGAUGAAGGCAGGGAGGGCGUUUGUGGGCAUGCAGGAGGGAAAGGUUGACUUUGCCCCGACCUACAAGUUUGAUCGUGGGACGUUCAACCCCCUGGACCCCUCUAAUCCCUCCAAUUCCCAUCCAUCCCAUGCCAAUCGUCCCUCCCCAUCCCUCCCAGUGUAUGAUUUCCGCUACGCAUCCUGCAUGGCGGCCUUUCUGAGCGACCACAAGCCCGUCCCGUCAUCUUUUGCGUCGACUCAAAACCCGUCAUCUCCCUCAUGA